AUGGAGUACGACGACACAAAAAAUCACAGUUUUAGUUCAGUUGCAAUGUCGAAUACAACUGUAGACAAUUACGACUAUCCUGAUGAACCAAUGACACUCUCUGAACUCGUAGCACUGUAUGCUGAAGAUAAGACUCUCAAUCUUAUUCUCUUCAUAGUCACAUUACUGGAGUUAAUCACUGGUACCUUGGGAAACCUUCUAGUAAUAGCUGCCGUAAUCGUCAACAAGAAACUCCAUAAAAUCCACAAUGUGCUCGUGAUGAACCUAGCCGUUGCAGACCUAUGCGUCUCAUCCUUUCUCAAUCUGACUGGCAUUCGAAACCACGGCCAAAAUCUACUAUCAAAUCCUACUUUGUGCCAGUUCACCGGCUGCUUGUGUACCGUAAGCUGCGUAGCGUCGGUCUUUAGCAUUGAUGCCAUUGCUCUGAAUCGCUAUGUUCGCAUCUGCCAUGGGCGCUCCUAUGAUGUCCUCUUCACAAAAUGCACCACUAUCAUGUAUGUCCUGUGUACUUGGGGAGCUGCAUUCGCUGUAGACUGGAUACCCUACUUCUUCUUAAUACAAGGAUAUGACGCGCAUCAGCUCGUACCCCAGGUGUUUUUUUGUAUGAGUCGACCUUCUCAUCUGUAUGGUUUCGUUGUACCAAGUCUCAGUAUGAUUAUUGUAAUAUACUGUUACUUGCGCGUUUGGUUGAAAGUGCGCUCGUCAAAAAGAAACCUGCUGAAAUUUGCCGAUGGGCAACGCGCAAUAAUGACGAAAACGGACUACCGUCUCCUGCGCACACUUCUGAUUCUCGUACUGGCGUUUGUGAUCCUCGUGGUCCCUUUCAACAUCGUCUACAAUGCCUCGAUUUCCGUUGAGAGGGAAACGUUCAUCAUUCUGUUCACCAUGGUUCAUUUCAACAGUUGCAUAAACUGCGUUAUUUACGCGUUGACCAACACGGAAUUCCGCCGUGGCUUUGUUGAAGUUCUCCGUAGAUGCUUACAGGUAUCAAAGCCACGGAAAAGUUCUCCGGUGAAAGGUACGGUUGAAAUAUUCACGGUAAGGCAGACCACCCAUCUGUAA